AUGGGAUUUGAAGGAAUGAAUCGCAUUUUAUUUCUCUUUGGCUAUCAUCCUUUCAAAUUUGAUGAUGUUUGGCAGCGACGAUGGCGCCAAUUCCUGAUCGCAAUAUCCACUUCUGUGGUUAUAACAUUCGACUCAAAAUUAUCAGAUGAGUAUACGCGAGAAGUUUGGCCAUUUGAAGCAAACAUGGGAAUUAUUCAAGAUGUUAUUAUCCUUCAAGCAGUUACAUCAAUUUAUGUAGGAGAAAUAUUCAGAUUAUGCUUUCACUGUUGCUACUUCAAUAUUUGCAUGAAUAUUCGUAUGCUUCACGACAAAGUUCUAAAUGAGUAUCAGAAUCUUAUUUUUGAUCAUGUUAUAAGUUACAAGAAAGAGUUGAAAGAUAUUUUCGCAUCUCUUCAAAGAAUCAAAUUAAUUAUCAAUGACAUCAAUGAAUGUUUUAAAAUGGUGAUCUUCAUUAGCUUUUCUGUCGAUGUUUUAACUCUUGGUGCUUUCGUAUCUGUGAUUGAGGAUUUUCAUAUUAUUAUGAUGUAUUUUAUGUACACUCCCUUCGUUCUUUAUGAUGUUUGGGUUUAUUGUUAUGGAUCAAGUUUGAUGGUGGAAAAGUUCAUUCGUUUUUCUUAUUCUAUUUUUAAUUUCGUUGUAAUGCUGAAGGGAAAGAAGAAUGAAAUUAGAGCUCCCACAAAAUGA